UGCGAAUGUCAAUAAUUGGACUGACUAUCGAAAUUAUUUGCGAGUCUGCGAAUGGCAAACGAAGUGGAUUAAGAUGAGUGAUUCCAUGACUUGGCUGGAGUUUCUUAGUCAGGCUAAGGGAUUUCUGGCUAUAUCUUCAAAAUUAAAUGACAGCUGGCAGCUUAUUGAAAAGGACAAGCAUGAGCCUAAUACUUUCCUGAAAUACGCUCAGAAAGUCAAAUAUAAAGAUGAGCUGAUAAAUGUGGAGUAUCACAUCGUAUACAGCAUUUCUUAUCAAGUGCCCAUGCUUUACCUACAAGCUCAUCGAUCAGAUGGUGGCCUUUUGGAUAUAGAGGCCACAUGGAAUCUUUUUAUGCCAGAAAUGCCUCGUAGCGAUCUUUAUCAAAUGUUAACGCAAAUGGAACAUCCGGUGCUGUUUCGUCCUUUUAUGACGUUGCAUCCCUGCCGCACCUGCGAGAUCUUAUCCCAGUUUGGCAAACAGAGUACAAAUCUUAUACUAACCUUUAUAAGUAUUUAUGGACCUUAUGUUAAGCUAGAGUUAUCAAAUAGUUACGGUUUGAUUAACGAAGAAAAUGAAAAAUAUGAAAUGAAAAUGUAAUUUAAACAUAAUA